GAACUGGCACGACAGCGGGCAGCUCUCGAAGCUCAACAGCUCGCCGACGAAGCGGAACGCCGUCAGCUGGAGCUGGAGCUGCUCGAGGAGGAGGAGUAUGAUCACCAGCCAUCUGCCGUCGACCGUCAGGCUCUAGCUCGGCCUGCUGCCGCAGCUCCAAGUGAGCCAGCCGCCCAGCUGCGUGAGCCGCUGCAGCCGGGUGACAGGUCCUCACGCACCCGGGACUGGGUGGAGCAGUCCUCCCAGUACGGACAACUGGUGAGCGCGCAGCCAUACGACGACCGUCACCAGCAGGAAGCACGACGUCCGCUACAGCCCGUGAGACAGCAAACGACUCCACAGCUGCCUCGAGUGACCCUGGAUAAGUUCAGCGGCUCCGCUCUGGAAUGGCCGAGAUGGAUCGCGCUGUUCAGGGCUCUAGUGCACGAUCGAGACGACCUGACUGACGUCGAGCGCCUGACCUAUCUCCAGGCUCAUCUCACCGGGCCGGCCAAGGAAUCAGUGCGCGGUAUGUUGUGCGACUCUUCUCUGUACGGUGAGGCUAUGCGUGAGCUAGAGGAGGAGUUCGGUGACCCUGCACGGGUCAUUCACGCGACGAUGAAAAAACUGCUCGAUUCGCGGCCGGUGAAAGAUGGUGAUAUGUCGGCUGUGACAGAGCUGUCACGUGACCUUCGCACCGCGGUUCGUGUGCUACAGUGCCUUCACUACGACGCGGACAUCUCGGCUGCCACCAAUGUAACAGCCGUGAUCUCCAAGCUUCCUGCUGCGCUGGCUUUGAAAUGGGGCGGCACUCUGUGCAAACGACUCGUCCGCCCACGCUCCCCGACCUGGACAGCUGGCUGCGCGGCUACGUGGCUGCUGGGC